UGAAAUAAUUUAUAAUUUUAUUUAGUUAUCGUAGUUACGUUUCACUGUGAGGACUUGUUUGAAUAUUUUAGUUACAGAAAUAUAAGUAUAUCUUAUUAUUAACAUAAUUGAUAACAGAAUAGAGAUGACUUCCUUACCUAUUGUGUCAAUAACAAGAAGAGAAACCUUCAGUUCAUGCCAUCGAUUACACAGCCCGUUUUUAGGUGACGAAGAGAACAAAAAAUUAUAUGGAAAAUGUAACAAUCCUAAUGGACAUGGUCAUAAUUAUGUUGUGCUUGUAACAGUAAAGGGUCCUGUAGAUCCACAAACAGGAAUGGUGAUGAAUGUACAUGAUCUAAAACAAUACAUGAAAGAUGCAAUAAUGGAUCCACUUGAUCAUAAAAAUCUGGAUCAAGAUGUGCCAUACUUUAAAGCUGUUGUGAGUACUACUGAAAACUUGGCAAUUUUUAUUUGGGAUCAAUUGCAAAAGUUAAUGCCAAAGCCACAAUUGCUACAUGAAGUAAAAAUUUUGGAGACUGAAAAGAAUCAUGUUGUGUAUCGUGGAGGGACUACAUUUCCCCGCAAAAAGGUGGACUCUUCUCACUUACAUCCGGGAAACCAUAACCAUGUGUCUUCUGAUUCUGACUAGUUAAGUUCACCUAAACUAAAAUGAUAAAGGAAAAAUAUAUGGUUAUCACAUUAAUUUCACAUAUGGACAGCAUUAAUUUGAGUUUCUUACAGUUUUGGUUUCCAAUUACCAUAAUAAUCUCAAUUAAAUUUUAUUCUCUAUGUAAUAUAAAUUUGUGUUGAAUUACUAUAAAAAUUGAAUAUUCAUCAUUUUGUUACCUAGUAUUUUUUAUUGGUUAUGCAAAUGUUGCAUUCCAACCAAUGUUUGUGGUGUAGAAAUGUGAAUAGAAUGAAUAGAUGGAAUUUAUGAAUCUGACUAUUUUUAUACUGCCAUUUUAAAAAGGCCAUUCCAUUAUGACAUUAGGUUAAGAGUUGCUAGUCUACUACGAAAAUGUUUAUGCUCCACUAUUAUAUAAUUAAAAUAAUGAUGUUAUUCUAGCGCACAGUUUAUUUAGCAAUUGGUGUGGCUUGCAUUUUUUAAAUGCUACCUUUUGUAUGUUUCUUUUAAUAAAAAUUUUAUAUCAAUUUU